AUGUCAGCAAGAGGUGGAGAUCGGUUGACUUCUUUAAUGGCUAAUGUACGGGAUCUUCUUUUACAAAGGAAAUAUAACAAUUGGCAUAGAUAUGCUGACCAGUGCUCUAAACGGACUCAAAAACCUGCUUUUCUUCCCAAUGGCAUAAAUGACAAAAUAUCACAUAAUGAUUACUUUGUUCGAGAUGAACGACGCAAAGUUAAAAGACCUAUUGAUAUUUAUGUUUAUGGCCCUAAAAGGCUUGAAGCUGGGUCGGAAUCUAAACAUUCGAACGUUCUAUCAAAGUCAUCUGAGAUUGUCCCUGGAGACAAGUUUAACUGGGAUAAACCAGUAGAAUUGAAAUGA